ACCUUACGGAUAAUAUAUACUGGUGGAGAACUUCGGAUAUCAGAUCAGAUUUUGUAUCUAUUUCUCUUAAACAGCACUUUCAAAAGAAAACGUAUACAGUAACAGAACUUACAACACCUCUCGACUUUCAUGUCAAAUUAAUCAAAGACGUGGAGAAUGUUACAGUUACCGGCAUCACCACUCAGUUAGAUCCCAACAUGACAGAACUGGAUCUGGAACUAUCAUUAAAAAUCCAUAGAAUCGACUGUCCUUCUAGAAGUCUUAUGAUAAUUAAGUUUAUCUUUCCUCAAAGUAACUCUUCUUUGCGAGUUUACGCUUUGGCAAAUUUCAGGCCAGAUUAUGAGAUGGUGACGACUGAAUAUGUUAACAUAACCGAGAAUUCUCCUGUGUACCCAUUUAUGUACAACAAAGAAAAACAACCAAGCUUUUUAUUCGUUGGAAUUCUUCCUGGAGUAGAUAUUCCAAUAAAUCAGAGCGUUCCUUAUUCCUUUGAAAUGAGUUCUGUUCUGUGUCAAUAUUGGGAUAAAGGUCAAUGGAGUUCACGUGGGUGUAAUGUAAAUCCCAGUACCAAGGACAAGGAUGUUCACUGUCAGUGCAAACAUUUAUCGAUGUUUGCGGCUGCCUUUCUCGUACCACCCCAGGAAAUAGAUCCUUUUACAGAUGCCAAGUUGUUCCUUACAGUUAUUGACAAUCCGAUGGUUGCCGCUUUUAUUGCCAGUAUUCUGUUACUGUACCUCAUCUUAAUCUUUUUCCUAUGGCGACUGGAUAGAAAAGAUAAGAAACAGCGAACUGUAGUUGUGCUUGAAGACAAUUUUCCUGGCAGUCACUAUCCAUACCUUAUCGCAGUGUACACCAGUUCUCGACUUAACUCAGGAACCACAGCUCAUGUAGGAUUUAGAAUAAAUGGAUCUUUAGCAAUGAGUCGGGUACACAUCUUUUCAGCCAGAGAUCGUGAAGUUUUAAAAAGAAAUACUGAUGAUUGGUUUCUGAUAUAUUGUGAUCAAUAUUUGGGUACAAUGGAGAGUAUUAUCAUCUGGCACGAUAACUAUGGGUCUAGUCCUGAGUGGUUUUGUGACAGAAUACACGUUUUUGAUCUAAAAGGAAACGUAGAAGCAAUAUUUAUCGUCGAACAAUGGUUGUCUUUCAGCUUAAAAGAUUAUCCAGAAGCAUAUGUCAGAGUAGCUUCUGAAGAUGAAGUCCUGGAUGUAAAAUUGUUAUUUGUCGAUAAUCUUUUCCUUGGUUUGAGAGAAAUUCACGUUUUGUUUAGUGUUUUUUUGAGACAUCCUAGAAGUGAAAUAGGCCGAAUUCAAAGGAUUAGUGUCCUCCUUGCGUUUUUAAUUGGGGCAAUGUUAUGGAGUAUUAUGUUCUACAUUCCAGAAAAUGAGAAUACACAAUUGGAUGAUUACCAAUACCAAUUUGGAACAAGAGAAUGUUUUAUCAGCAUUCAAAGUCUUAUUAUAAGCGGAAUCAUUGUCUUUAUCAUUAUGUUUUCUUUUAGGAGAAGCUAUACUAUCAUAUAUGACAUUAGAUACAAGCCCUCACUGUACGUUAGGAGUUAUACCGGUUUUUAUUAUGAUAUUAAAGUAAAAAAAUCGACACUCUUGUCUGUUCAGACAUGUAAAGAGGAGGGUACAACUGAAGAAAAACACAAUAAAUCUGUGUACCGUAACUUUAUUCGGUUGGUUGUAGAAACCACGAGAACACCACCUUUGUCACCGAUUCAGUUACCCCCAUUCUACAUAGUCAUUAAGAAGAGGAAAAUAUGGUUUACAUUGGCAUGGACAUUGUGUAUUGCUGUAAUUUUUGUAUCUGCUUAUUUUGUGAUGCUUUAUGGAUUGAAACUUGGACCAGUAAAAAGUGAAAAAUGGCUCUCGACAGUAUUAGCCUCUUUAGGGGCAGACGCGUUUGUUUCAAGCCCAACCAAGAUAAUAUUCUUCGCAAUUAUCCUCACACUAGUUUUCCAGAGGAUGUAUGAAGUAAAUACCCAUGCAGUCACCUACAAGGAAGCUAUGCGUGUGGUCCUUGAAAAUAACGAAGAGAGUCUAGCCAAAGUAUUAGCAAUAAGAAAACAUCCAAUGUACUCUCCACUUACUCAAGCAAAGAGACAUGAAAUGUUCCGAAAGAAAGAGUUGAUGAAAGAUUGGUUUGCUCUUAUAGAUUUUGUCAUAACCACGUUCUUCGUCAUUGUUGUUUGUACUAUCAUCUCUAAACUGUGGAGUUCCCUUUAUCGUACAAACAAUCAACUGCAUACGGUAAUGACAAGCUCUCACCACAUAAACUUGGGAGGUGUUAACUUCUAUUCUAUUUCCAACAUUACUCAAAUGGAAAUGUAUUUGGAGCACACAUUCAUGUAUGCAGCAUACAACACAAGAUGGUAUAAUGACGUCAAGUUUGUGAAGAAGAAUGAAGAGAUCAACACGAAACAGGAUUUGAAGACCGGGGCGUACUGGCUAUCAGACUUUACUGGGAUAGUGUUAGGACUGCCCUUGUUGAGGCAGCUGCGCGUAUACACAAUACCAUGUGGGAACCAAGUCAACCAAAAGGCCAACUGCACACCUAAACUCAGUAAUUCACAUAAAGAUACCGACGUUUAUGGAGUGGGUUGGAAGUCUGCCCUGUAUUCUGACGUAAUGAAAAACAACUAUCCUUGGAAGUAUAUAAAAAAAGAUUCAACACUCACAUUUACACUUUUCAGAUUAUAUGGUAAAUCUGGCAGGUUACAUGAGCGUGGAGGGUAUGCUGUUACAUUGGGGCCUACGAGACAUGAAGCAGACAUUACUCUGGUAGAACUAAGAAGAAACAAUUGGCAGGACAAGUUAACACGAGUCGUAAUUUUAGAGAUUACUGUCUACAACAUUAAUCUGGACAUCUUGAGUCAAGUCACUCUCAUUGUGGAGUACAAGAUUACUGGCAAUAUUCUCCUAAAGGGACAGGUCAUCUCUGUGGAGCACUACGUAAUUUCCAAUGUUUGGAAAAUUAUAUAUAUUUGUUUACUUGUAUAUUAUCUUUACCGUUGUCUUUCGCAUAUAAAUCGAGAAGGUCUAUUGCAAUAUCUCUCGAGUGUAAAAAAUGUACUUCGUUUACUUAUAGUAUUACUAGGUUUCAUAAGUAUUGCUGUGUACUCUAUCUUUUACUAUACACUAAAAAGUUAUAUUUUAUCUUUUGAAAAACAAGGCAUGAAUAGUUAUUUUGAAUUUGAUACAUUUAUGUUAUAUUACGUACAAUUACAGAUAUGGCUGUCAGUCCUAUUGUGUAUAGCUAUUAUACGUUUACUUAUGUUACUGCGUUUUGGUAGACCAAUAAUAACUUAUUAUUACACAAUAAUAUUUUCAUUCAAAUUGAUACGUUGGCUAGUACCUGUUCUGAUGUCAUACGUGAUAACUUUUUACUUUUUAGCUUUCUAUUUAAAUCUAUAUACAAUGUUAGAUUUAUAUAAAAUAAUACAAAAAUAUCACCGGGUUGUAUUUAAGCCUACAGAGAUUGCAUUUCAUGGAAAACUGUUUAUACUUUUUAAGAUUGUUUCGUUAGGUAUAUUUAUGUCAAUUUUCAUUACAAUAUUUAUAUAUGAUAUUAAAUUUGUUCGUAGGCAUAAACUGAAACAUUCAGAUGAUUUCAAUUUCAUAAAUUUCCUUUUAUCUCAAUUAAAGAAAUUAUUAAAAAGAAAAAAAAAAACAGAAUUCGAUUUUAAUAGGUCUUUCACAUUACACACAGAAAUUUAAAUAAGGACAAAUCAUAAAAUGUAUGAGUAACAAUCAAUUAAACAUUUAUGUAUUUUAUAAUAUCUUAAUUAAAAAUUAUCUUAAUAUUUAGAUACCUUAUAAAAUUAAUCAAUUAUAUGUUUAAAUUAUGAGUUCAUUAAUUUGUUUGAAUAUGUUAAACGUUGUUACUGUUAUAAGCCAGUUCAGUGUCUAUGAGUGUGUUUUACUUUCAUAAUGUACAUGCUUUAUUCUGCUUGUUACAAAAGUGUUAAAAAAUAAAUGGUUUAUUGUUAAUUGAACAUAGUUUUAUAUAAACUAUAUGUGUAAAUACAUUUCUUAGCGCUCUCUGGCCAUUUGUGCUAUAACUCUUGCUAUAAAGUUUCUAGAGACUUGGUAUAAAUGUUCAUCUUAGUACAAGAAUCAUUAUAUUAUGGUUAGAGCAACAACCACAACACCAAUAUAAAAUGUAAGAAUGUUUCCUGUUUUUGGUGUUCUUUGAAAUGUUGACCUCAAAUUCAAUAAUGUUUUUCAGAUGUCCAGAAUGAACACAUUAAGGAAAUAUUAAGUCUCUAGAACAUGUAUAAUACAAGUUAUUACAUAGGCGGUCAAAAAGACAGACGAUGUAGGUUUUAAUAUUGUUAUACCAAGUAAAAUAAUUGUUAAAAUUAAGUCAAUUUUUACUUGAAAAAGAAUUAUAGCUAAAUAUAUUUUCUGUGCAUUAAUAAAGUAAUUACGU